AUAUUGAAAUAGAAGUUUCCUAAUUCAUCUUUAUUUUUUUCACUUUUCCACUCCACUUCUGUCCAACAGUUACUUUCCGGAGUUAUGUGUUUUCUUGGCUCUUCGUGUUCAACCUGCUGUGGUUCAGCAUCGUGUACUUCAGCCAGUGGAUGUACUUAAGCACCCUCAACCCCAUGCUGACCCGACUGGCCAAGGGUGACCAAAACCUGGUGAGUCACUACACCAAUGUGUUUGGCUUCAUCCAGAUGACUGGAAUUCUGUUUGCUCCUGCAGCCGGCCUCAUCAUGGACAGAAACAAGAACAGGCCUCUGGCUGCAGGAGAAACCAGGCAGGAAUCAGACAUCCGCUUGUCCAUUCUCUGCCUCUUCCUCGGCGCCUUGCAGUGCUUUUUAUUCUGCAUGUGUUUCACCAUCCCUGUCCUCCGUCUGCAGUACCUCACCUUCUUCCUGCAAACCAUCAACAACUGCUUAUUGUUUGUAAUGAAUCAACCAUUUAUCACUAUCGUGUAUGUUCCCACAGACACCACACGUCAGCCUCUAGAUUCAACUUAUUGA